CGAACCGCCUAUUGCUCCUCAUCGCUAAAGCUACUCACUUGGCGGUGGUCAAGGCACUGACGUCGGCGUUUCAUUCACACUAUUCCACUACUAUCUGUUUUUUCAGAUUCUACUUUAGCUAGCUUUUUAACCAAUAAGUUAGCAGUUUGUUUACCUGCCAGAGUUCACUAACGUUAUAGCUAUAGGUUCUAGAGGAUUUGGAUAAAGCUACCCAAAAAAGAGAUGGGGGCAUUUUUGGACAAGCCAAAGAUGGAGAAGUUCAAUGCCCACGGAGAAGGAAAUGGCCUACGCUAUGGCCUGAGCAGCAUGCAGGGCUGGCGGGUAGAGAUGGAGGAUACACACACGGCUGUCAUUGGCCUGCCCCAUGGCCUCAACCCCUGGUCCUUUUUUGCCGUGUAUGACGGCCAUGCUGGCUCUCAGGUGGCCCGCUACUGCUGCGAGCACUUGCUAGAGCACAUCACCAGCAACCCAGAUUUCAGGGGUGGGGGUGCAGGACCAGGAGGUGGAGAAGAGGGCAGGGCAAUUCUGGACAGGCAUGGACCAGAGCCAUCUGUGGAGAGUGUGAAGAGUGGCAUUCGCACUGGCUUCCUGCAGAUUGAUGAGCAGAUGCGAGCUAUCUCGGAGCGUAAGCAUGGUGCGGACCGCAGCGGCUCUACUGCAGUGGGAGUCAUGAUCUCACCUCGCCACAUGUACUUCAUCAAUUGUGGCGACUCACGGGCACUCCUCAGCAGGGGAGGCCGCGUCCAUUUCUUUACGCUGGAUCACAAGCCCAGCAAUCCAUUGGAAAAGGAGCGCAUCCAGAAUGCCGGUGGCUCUGUCAUGAUUCAACGUGUUAAUGGAUCACUAGCUGUGUCUCGGGCCCUUGGUGACUUUGACUAUAAAUGUGUACAUGGCAAGGGCCCCACAGAGCAGCUUGUGUCGCCUGAGCCAGAGGUGUAUGAGAUUGAAAGAUCUGAGGCGGAGGACGAGUUUGUUGUGUUGGCGUGUGAUGGUAUCUGGGACGUGAUGGCCAAUGAGGAGCUAUGUGACUUUGUGCGUUUACGUCUAGAGGUGACAGAGGACUUGGAGAGAGUGUGCAAUGAGAUUGUUGACACAUGUUUAUACAAGGGAAGCCGGGACAACAUGAGUGUGGUGCUGGUGUGUUUCCCUGGUGCUCCCAAGAUCUCGCAAGAAGCUGUGAAGAGACAGGCAGAGCUGGAUAAGUACCUGCAGAGCAGGGUAGAAGGUGGAGCAUCUAAAAAGAAAUGAGUUAUGUUACACAUUUCAAAAGAGCGAGACACCUAUUGUUGUUGCGUAAACUUAUGGUAGUACUUAUUACUUACCAAAACAGAAACUAAAUAUAAAAGUACUCACAGAACCCCAAUUUUAAGUGUGAAGGCACUUGAGUGUCUUUAUAGGCAACAUACUUUUUAAUAUGGUUUAUCCUGGACUUAAAAUGUCCUCAAGGGAAAUGUAGCAAAUUUUAACUUUAGAAUGCCUAACAUAUAUACAUAUAUAUAAAAUAAAAUCGUAUUCUUUGUCAAAAUGUAUUUUUUCUCACAGCUUUUCCAAUGAAGCAAGCUCAAUAUUGUAUCUUCUGGACCUGGUUUUACAAAACAUUUCAUCUUGAUCAGAAUGAUACGGAUUCUGUAAUCCCUUAUUUUGAAAUCCAGGAUCAUAUAAAUCCAACAGAUUUUUUUGGCCAGUGUUUCUGAAAUAGGUAGGAAAGGACCGUUCUGAUCUACAUAUAAAAAUGUUAAGAAUCUAGAUUACCUGUGCUUUGAAUAUGUGUAAACCAUGCCAUCUACUGGGCAGGUUAUAUUACUACAUACAUGAAGAAAGGUUCACUUUUUUUUUAUUACCAAAUCUGUGUUCUGGAUGUACGUUAAUGUUAAAAAAGCGCUGAGACACUUAAAAAAAAAAAAAAAAGGGUUUUGAGAAACAUGCCCCACCAGCGAUCCUCAUGUUUGUUCAGCAGUUGUAGCGGCAUGACAUGCGAUUGAGUCAAUCAGGUGUGUUGUGACAAGGUAGGGGUGGUGUACAGUAGAUAGCCCUAUUUGGUAAAAUACCAUAUUAUGGUAAGAACAGCUCAAAUAAGCAAAGAGAAAUGACUGUUGACUAUGAAUUUUCAAACACCCAGCAGUGCUACUUGCAGAGUUGGCUCCAAUUAAAUGUUGCAAUUUUUCAGCCAUUCCUGAUCCUGCAACCAAAAACAAGCUGCAUAUGGGCAGUACCAAAACAAGUAAUCUAAUGAUUCUGACUUCGCAGCAAAAUCUGCAGAGCUGGGAUUUGUGUAUCCCCCAUACAUAUAACAUUCUAUUGGUUGCAAAAUUGUUGUAUAAUAAUUUACAAAAUUAUUACAUUAUUAUACUGGUGUAAUCUGGUGUCAUUUUGUGUAUCAGUUCAUAGACCAUGUGCCAUAGAAUCGGUACAUUGAAAAUCUCCAAGCAAUUUUGCAACUUGUAUGGCGCAGCUGUCCAUUUUUUGGUCCAUAAAUGAAACUGAUAUACUUUUUUAUUUAUCAGAAUUGUCUUUAGCAUAUUUUGUUCUUUAAUGCAGGACUGACAGACAAGUUUCUUACCUUCUCCCCUUUCCCACUUGUCUCCUCCAUUUUUGCGGUAAUGCUGCAAUCAGUUGUUUGUCAUUUUGGAUAGAGCAGACAUUUCCAUAUAUUGUUUGUUAACUGCAUGUGUGACAACUACACCAGUCCUAUUUAUUAUAUAAUUUACAAAGAUUAAAGUUUCAUAUAUUUUUUUCCCCCCGAAUGUAAAAAAAAUAAAAAAUAAGUGUACAUAUGAGUUGAACCAUAA